CCCAUUGCCACGAUCCAGGAGGACUCCGCGCCGCCCGGCCGCCUCCGAGCUCGGGCCCCAUGUGAGGGGCCCCUCCUUAUCCCACCUUUCCGGCUAGGUGAGGGCGCGAGCGGGCGAGCAAGCGAGAGUGGUGAGGGGGGACGGAAAAGCAGAAUUACCUGUAGCUCUUGUUCUGCCAUCUCGGGCGCUCUCACACACCUUCACCUGCACAGACUUGAAAGUCCAGUUUCACCAGAGGCUGAGGCUCCAGGAAAAGGGGAGCGAGUUCAUUGGAUCAAACAUGUCACAAGAGUCGGACAAUAAUAAACGACUGGUGGCCUUAGUGCCCAUGCCCAGUGACCCUCCGUUCAAUACCCGAAGAGCCUACACUAGUGAGGAUGAAGCCUGGAAGUCGUAUUUGGAGAAUCCACUGACUGCGGCCACCAAGGCGAUGAUGAGCAUCAACGGCGAUGAGGACAGUGCCGCCGCCCUCGGCCUGCUGUAUGACUAUUACAAGGUUCCUCGAGACAAGAGGCUGCUGUCUGUAAGCAAAUCAAGUGACAACCAAGAAGAUCAGGACAAAAGAAACUGUCUUGGCACCAGUGAAGCCCAGAGUAAUGUGAGUGGAGGAGAAAAUCGAGUGCAGGUCCUAAAGACUGUUCCAGUGAACCUUUCCCUAAACCAAGACCACCUGGAGAAUUCGAAACGGGAACAGUACAGCACGACCGAGAGCCCCGCCAUCGUCCCGGUGUCAGGAAUCACGGUGGUGAAAGCUGAAGAUUUCACCCCGGUUUUCAUGGCCCCGCCCGUGCAUUAUCCCCGCAGCGAUGGCGAGGAGCAGCGGGUGGUCAUCUUUGAGCAGACUCAGUACGGAGUGCCCUCCAUGGCCAGCCACGGCCCCUACCUCAAGGAUGACCAGCGCAGCACCCCGGACAGCACUUACAGCGAGAGCUUCAAGGACGGAACCACGGAGAAAUUUCGGAGUGCUUCAGUUGGGGCUGAGGAAUACAUGUAUGACCAGACAUCAAGUGGCACAUUUCAGUACACCCUGGAAGCCACCAAAUCUCUCCGUCAGAAGCAGGGGGAAGGCCCCAUGACCUACCUCAACAAGGGACAGUUUUAUGCCAUAACGCUCAGUGAGACUGGAGACAACAAAUGCUUCCGACACCCAAUCAGCAAAGUCAGGAGCGUGGUGAUGGUGGUCUUCAGUGAAGACAAAAACCGAGAUGAGCAGCUGAAAUACUGGAAGUACUGGCACUCUCGGCAGCAUACGGCGAAGCAGAGGGUCCUCGACAUCGCGGAUUACAAGGAGAGCUUUAAUACAAUUGGAAACAUUGAAGAGAUUGCAUAUAAUGCUGUUUCCUUUACCUGGGACGUGAAUGAGGAGGCAAAGAUUUUCAUCACUGUGAACUGCCUGAGUACAGAUUUCUCUUCCCAAAAGGGGGUGAAAGGACUUCCUUUGAUGAUUCAGAUUGAUACAUACAGUUAUAAUAAUCGUAGUAAUAAACCCAUUCAUAGAGCUUAUUGCCAGAUCAAGGUCUUCUGCGACAAAGGAGCAGAAAGAAAGAUCCGAGAUGAAGAGAGGAAGCAGAACAGGAAGAAGGGGAAAGGCCAGGCCUCCCAAACCCAGUGCAACAACUCCUCUGAGGGGAAGCUGGCAGCGAUACCUUUACAAAAGAAGAGUGACAUCACCUACUUCAAAACAAUGCCUGAUCUGCACUCGCAGCCGGUCCUCUUCAUACCCGAUGUGCACUUUGCAAACCUGCAGAGGACAGGACAGAUGUAUUACAACACGGAUGAUGAACGAGAAGGCAGCAGUGUCCUUGUUAAACGGAUGUUCAGGCCCUUGGAAGAGGAGUUUGGCCCAACGCCUUCCAAGCAGAUGAAAGAAGAAGGGAUGAAGCGAGUGCUUUUGUACGUGAGGAAGGAGACUGACGACGUGUUCGAUGCCUUGAUGUUGAAAUCGCCCACAGUGAAGGGCCUGAUGGAGGCGAUAUCCGAGAAAUACGGGCUGCCUGUGGAGAAGAUAGCAAAGCUUUACAAGAAAAGCAAAAAAGGCAUCUUGGUGAACAUGGACGACAACAUCAUUGAGCACUACUCAAACGAGGACACCUUCAUCCUCAACAUGGAGAGCAUGGUGGAAGGCUUCAAGAUCACACUCAUGGAAAUCUGA